AUGCUGGGCUUCGUCGGGGCGGUGACCGUGGAGCUGACCACCGGCAAAUGCGUGCUUCAGAAUGUGGGAUUGACCGCGCCGCUGCCGACGGUGGCGCUGGCGCUCACCGCCGUGGUCGGCGUCCUCACGGCCUUCCUCAUCUUCCAAUCCGGGUCGCGGGACUGA